AGAUAUUUAAUCACACAAUCACAGAAUCAUAGAAGUGUAGGACUGGAAGAGAUCUCGAGAAGUCAUCUAGUUCAGUUCCCUGCACUCAAGACAGGGCUACAUAAUAACUAGACCAUUCCUGACAGAUGUUUGUCUAACCUGUUCUUAAAAACUUCCAAUCAUGGAGAUUCCACAACCUCCCAGGGCAAUUUGUUCCAGUGCUUAACUACCCUGACAGGAAGUUUUCCCUAAUGUCCAGGCUAAGUCUCCCUGGCUGCAAUUUAAGCCCAUUGCUUCUUGUCCUAUCCUCAGAGGCUAACAAGAACAAUUUUUCACCCUCCUCCUUGUAAUGUAUUUUAAAACGGUUUUUUUGCAGCAUUAUUACACUGUUGUCUCAUAUUUAGCUUGUGAUCCACUAUAAUCCCCAGAUCCCUUUCUGCAGUACACCUUCCUAGGCAGUCAAUUCCCUUCUUGUAUGUGUGCAAUUGAUUGUUCCUUCCUAAGUGGAGUACUUUGCAUUUGUCCUUAUUGAAUUUCACCAGUUUACUUCAGACCACGCUGCUGUUUGUAAACAUAGAUAUGUUCUAAAUUCCAGUACACAUGCAGCAUAAAACAUGGGAAAGAAGAAGAAAAAAGAAAAUCCGGUUGGGCAGUUUAAAGAAGCUAGAUCAUCUUUCCCAGAAGCUCUGCUGGCCUUUCAAAUUCAGAUAAAAGAAGAGGCAAUUGAUCAGCUUCUAUUUGAACUAAAGCAACUGAAAGAAAAGAACAAAAAAUAUCAUGAAAGAAAUGACUAUCUGAAGGAAGAACAGCUGGGACACAUCCGCAGUCUGCUAAGCAACUUGAAAACACAGGACAAAGAACUAGAGCAAAAGGAGGUUGUAACCAGGGAUGAUGUAGAGGCAGCAAUGAGGGAGAAAUGGCAGUAUGUUAAGGACCAAGAACUGCUUCUGAAAGAGCUACACUCCAGGAUAAAUGAAGUUGAGCAUAAACUACUGGUAAAACAGGCUGAGAAGGAUUACUGGUUAGAGUACAAAAAUGUGGGAAGUGGAGAACAUGCCAAACAGAUCAAGCUCCUAGAAAAUGAUAUCCACGGACUCAAAGAUGACCUUGAGCAAAUGACAGAAUAUUAUAGACAUACUCUGGAAACGACAAAAGAAAAAAUGGACAGAUUGGUUGAGAAACAAAUGAACGAAAAGAAGGAAUGGGCUACUGAGAAUGCUGUAAAGCACAUUGACAAAACCAGUCACAGGGAGAUUGAAGAAAACGAAUGGCUGAAGGAAGAGGUUGAAAUGUACCGAAAGGAAGUAAGUGACUUGGAAGCAUCUGCUCAGCUACUAGAAGAAGAAAAUAUAUAUAUGAUUAGGAGCCUGUUUAACUGCAGACUUCAAAAUCUUAAAAUAUCGGGGCAUUUAUUUCUUACCCAGGGAGCUGGCCUGCAAGUUCAAGGAGAGGAAUUGCUUAGUGAGGACUUGGAAGGACUACAGUGUAGAGAUUAUGCAGCAAAGACAGAUGCUGGAGAUGAAAGCACCAAGAGCACAGCACCCCUAGCCAUAGAGAAGGAAGUGUUUUCAGAUACUCAGUCUGAGACAGAGGCCGAGAAGCAGGAAGACAGCUAUGAGGAUCUGUGGGGAGAGCCAAUGGCUCCUGCUCUCAACUACCUAUUGUAUGAAGAUGAAAAAGAUAUCCAGGAACACUCAAAAUUGGGUCCCCUGGGGACGAAACUGAUGAGUGCAGUGGGAAGAGCCAUGCCUAUUCAUGAAGAAUUGAGAGAAAUGUCAAGCAAAUGCCAGUUUGAAGACAGUUUUGAUACCUAUAAAUCAGAGGGCCACAUCACAUACCGCAUGAUCAAAUCUGUAUUUACUUAGGAACAAAAGGUCCUGGUUGGUUAAAAAUAGACUAAUUUAUAUUGCUCAUUUAGAAAUGUAAUUUGAAGUUCAUUAAAUCUUUGAUCUGUUUUCCAGGUAAUCUGUGACACAAUGCUUUAUGGACGCUCUUUUCUUAAGUACCUAAAGCAUUAGAUUUAAAUAUUAGACAAUUGAAAUAGCUGGCUGCAUUAACAGGAGUGUCUCUAGAUGGCGAAUAUAAAGGUUUCUUUCCAUAGUACUAUAGA